ACGGCGAUAGUUUUGCAGUGCAAGAGCGACAACAUUAAUUUGACACUGAAAAGUCCCUGGCUAUCGGGAAAUGGCGUCCCAGGGACAUUUUCCAUCACGAGAUUCGGCCAUGGCUAGACCAGUGCUAAGGCUGCCUGCCUCGAGCAUCAGGUUCAGCCAGCUAUGUGCCCAAACAAUAGAGUUCAACAGCAUUAAGGUUCACUUGUACAGCUGUUGUCUUUACAUGAACAGAAGUCAAAAUGGGUUGUUGACAUAUUAAAUGCGUUGAUGGUCCUGCCGAGGCAUCAAGCAACACUGCGUCUACAAAGUCCAUCACCUUCGCCCCGACAUACGAACGCAGCAAGUCUGUUCUCACAAUCAGUAAUAUUCCCUAGCUGCAGCUACUACUUCCUAUAUACCUCGAACACUAACAAUAAACAAGAAAUGUCGACAAGACCACGUCAAUCGCGCCCCUGCUGGUCGGUGACUUACGUCACCACACUCCGCGAGCAGGGAAAUAAGUCGAAAUAUCGCCCAGUCCCGAUUCACGAAGCUCAGAGGGUAUUCAGAACCGUUGCGAAGAUUGCUUCAGGAUCGAAAACAGCACCACGUUAUAACAGCCAAAAGAAACAGAGCUAUCGGCAGCGUAAGAGACAUUCAAAACGGAAUAGCCGGCAGUCACAACAGAAGUACCCGAUGGUCAUGUUAGGGUAUGUGACGAUACGGAUCUGGCCGUGGCGAUGGCAAUGAUGACGACGGCUUGCGGGGGUCCUAAGCAGCCGCAGUUGCAUGCUAAGAUGAUGUUUACAUGGAAGAAGGACAAGCAUCUUCCGCUGGUUAAGCUACCGAUACGUGGAGAGAAGAUUUUCCAUUUACCAAUGAAGCGUAAAAGGGAUGAUCCUUUCACUGACGAAAGUCCUCGAACGAUCACUUCGUGUCAACCUUAGAGUGUGUCCAACGAAUCCUAGGAUGCGACCCGUCAAGUGAUGGAGUAGUGGGAGGCAGGGGGAGCCUUGAAGACGAUGAUGGCGAGGGCGUUACUUCAAAGGGGGUCAUAACCCGGAGGAUGGACGAUGUAACGUGCUACUACUGCAAAUAAUAUAGUGCAUUAAUAAAGAAGUGUUUCUUGACUGGUUGAUAAUCC